GCCACCAAGUGAUCAAAGAUUUGGAAAAGGAAUUGGGGAUGAUUCCAACAGCAGUGAGGAGCGGUGAUCAGGGGUUGGUGGAGGGGAAGAGCUCAAUUCUUUUCCAAAUACAGGCAGCUCCAGAAGGAAGCAAGCUUGGGCAGCAGGAGCAAUGUGGGAGGAGGGGCAAGAAAGAGCCUCUAGAAAGUGCCAAUUGACUUGGGUGAAAGAGCACUGGUCUGGGGGAGGCUCAGAGCUGGUUCCGGCCUCUGCCAGAGUCACAGGACGUUCGCCUGUCCCUCUCAGUCUGCGUCCGGUCUGUACUGCCCAGCCAGGAGGACAUGGCCCAACGGUUUCCAAGGCCCCUCGGCUUCAGCAGAGCCCGGGAACCGUCCCAUUCCGGCAACGGACUUCAGCGGGCAGAGCCCUCGGAAACAGAGGACGGUGUGGUUGUGGCGCCUUGGGCCGCCUGAGCUCCUCGGGAAUGAAGGUCUUCGGGGUUAUCGUGGUCUUUGCUUCCUGCUUGAUGGCCCCCAUGCACAGCAGCUUCUGGCAGUUUCAAAGGAUGGUCAAGCACAUCACAGGGCGGAGUGCCUUCUUCUCAUAUUAUGGAUAUGGCUGCUACUGCGGGCUUGGGGGCAAGGGGACCCCCGUGGAUAACACUGACAGGUGCUGCCUGGCCCAUGACUGCUGCUACGAGAGGGCGAAGCACCUUGGCUGCCAGCCCGUGUUGAAUGGCUACCAGUUCCGUGUGGUCAACGGGACCGUGGUCUGUGAAUGUUCCCUUGGUCCUGGCGUCAGCUGCCUCUGUGGGCUGCGGGCCUGCGAGUGUGACACUCAGUCUGCCUACUGCUUCAAAGAGAACCUGCCCACCUACGAGAAGAACUUCAAGCAGCUCUCCAGCCGGCCCCACUGCGGCAAGCACAAACUCCAGUGCUAGCGAGGCCACAGGGUCCUUGGUCAGGCCCAGGGUGCUCCUUUGUCACUCGGCAUCAGAGGGCUGGAGAUCAAAAGUGCAAAAGACAGAAUCUGGGCCUUCAACUGAGGGAGACAGACCAUAAAUAUAAAUAAACGAUAUGUUCCAACCACAGUAAGUGCUAAGAAGCUAUAAAACAAAGUGACGAGGUAGAGAGAUGUCCCGUACCCCCAUCCCAGGAAGAUUCCAAAAGGGGAGAUGGCCCUGGCAUCUGCCUUAAGCGCCCCCUUCAUCCCCACCCCAAGAUCGGGAUGCUGGGCAGACUUGGGUACCAGACCCACCUCCCAGAUCCAGCUGGAGCCAAGGUCUUGGGCACAUGCCAAGGCCCCUAGAGGUGCACCUGGACUCUUUUCUCAUUUUGCUGGAGUUCUGCCUUCUGAAAACCUCAAGGUAGGAAAACCUCGGUGCCAUUCUCACCUCUCAGGAGACAGAGCCUGGGAACAUCCACGCCCACGGCUGCCACCGGAUGUCAUGGCCAGGAAGACUCCAGAGCAAUGGAGAGAGAGUGGGGGCAGGCGAGCCAGGGGUAUCCAAGGUUGCUGGUCACGUUUAGAAGCCCCUGGUCACGAGGCAUAAAUUCUAAUAAAUAUUAAAGCGAA